UACAAAGACAAACUCCACGAACAUAACUGAGACUGGACCGGCUGAGCGAUAAACAGGGUAAUAAACAAGUAGCCCUUGUUGAUGUAAUGAUGACCAUGAUAGUUGCCACAUCACGUGAGAGUCGACGGCAGGAAUAUACGCACUCAUAAGGUCUUGGAAUAGGAGACAGGACACUCGACACACCAACCUCAACAUUCACUCCUCUCAGCUGAUCUAGAGACGUCUGCUGGUGGUAGGCUGGAGGUUGGCUGGCGGUGUGUACUCUGGCCUGUUUUACCGCUUGUAUUAGGCAACUUUCAGCCAUGGCAUCACAACACGGUGUGCGGGUGCUGUCCAUCCAGAGUCAUGUCGUAUCAGGCUACGUAGGCAACAAGAGUGCAUGUUUCCCCCUUCAGGUGCUGGGCUUUGAGGUGGACACCAUCAACUCUGUUCAGUUCUCCAAUCACACCGGCUACCAGCACUUCAAGGGCCAGGUGCUGGACGAUGCACAACUGGGUGAUCUCAUUGAGGGCCUGCAGACCAAUGGCAUUGACUACUACACACACCUGCUCACCGGCUACAUUGGCUCCUCCUCAUUCCUGCAGAAGGUGAAGAGUGUUGUGGAACACCUCAAGACUGUCAACCCUAACCUGAUCUAUGUGUGUGACCCGGUGAUGGGAGACAACGGCAAGAUGUACGUCCCUGGGGAGCUGCUGCCUGUGUACCGAGAGCAAAUUGUCCCUCUGGCAGACAUCAUCACACCCAACCAGUAUGAGGCAGAACUCUUGAGUGGGCAGAAGAUCAAGGGCAAGGGUGACGCAGCAGCAGUGCUGGAGUGGUUCCACGAGCAGGGAGUGAAGACUGUUGUUCUAUCCAGCACCGACCUAGGCACUCAGGAGGAGCUGGUGGUGCUGGCCUCCUCCAUCACCAAUGGCUCCAAGGAGAAGUUCAACGCACACAUUCCUCGUCUGCCAGCCAACUUCACAGGCACCGGCGACCUGUUUGCUGCUCUGCUGCUGGCCUGGUCACACCACACCAACAACAACCUCAAGCGGUCUGUGGAGGCCACACUGAACACCAUGCAGGCCAUCCUGCACCGCACGCUGGCCCGGGCCAGGGAGGAGGCGGGUCCUGGCCAGCCACUCACCGUGCGACACCUGGAGCUAAAGCUGGUGCAGAGCCUGGAGGACAUCCGAUCCCCGGCCUCAAAGGUCACUGCCUCACCCCUGCUCUCCUAGCCCUGCCCUGCCCAUACACGCACACACACACACAUGCACACAUGCACACAUGCACACACGCAUUGCAACCACUAAUAUAUACACAACUUGCUUGAAACUAUAAACACACACAUAGCACACCAUUAGAUUUUUUACUGUGAAAAAGUUUUAAAUAUCUGAUAAUAUAUAUUAUUAAAGAGAUUUUUAAAAACUAUAAGAAUCUGAGCAAAGUAUAUCUAUAGUUUAAGAUGUGAUUAUUUAUGAAAAGAAAUGUACCAUUGGAAAAAUAUAAAAGGCAGUUGAUUAGUGAUAGGAAUAACAAUUGUGACACUUCUUUGGUGUAGCUACUUGACCACUUGGUGCCCUUCACAUCAUAGGAAUGGUGAAGUCUUGCCACCAGAACAACCUGGCAUCGUAUAAAUACCUUUUGCCACAUGAACACACACAACACACCAAUGAUUAGCUUAGUACCUGAACAACGCUGAGUGCUGGAGGUGCUGACUUGUGUGGCCAGGAGAGCAGAGGUAACCACCACCCAAACACUCAUCUCACAAGGGACUGCCCUGGGACUUUUUUAAUUAUUUAUUUAUUUAUUUAUUUGUUUAUUUUAUUUUAUUUAUUUAUUUUUUAUAUAUAUAAGAGCAAGAAUCUGGCCAUGGGCAACAAAAAUUACUAAACAAAAAGGUCCACUGAGAUGCCAGUCCCCAAACAGGCCUGAGAGAGUUAGCUACAAGAAAGAGAUAAAUUUCUUGAAAUUUUCCUCUUCAGUGCUAUUAGGUCAUAGGAAGAUACAGAAGCACAGAAGCAGGCAGGGAGUUCCAGAGUGUAGUGGAGAAAGGGAUAAGUGAUUGAGAGUACUGGUUAACUUAUGCAAUGUCUCAGUUCUUUGAAGCAUAAGAGACACACCUCCCUCUUCAGUGAUUUUGUGUCAUAGAAAGAUGGAAAUACAGAAGUACAGAAGCAGACAGGGAGUUCCAGAGUGUAGCAGAGAGAGGGAUGAAUGAUUGAGAGUCCUGGUUAACUUCUAUUAUGUCUCAGUUAUUUGAAGCAUAAAAGACACACCUCCCUCUUCAGUGAUACGAAGAUGGAAAUAGGGAAACACAGAAGCAGACAGGGAGUUCCAGAGUGUAGCAGAGAAACGGAUGAGUGAUUGAGAGUACUGGUUAACUUCUGUUGUGUCUCAGUUAUUUGAAGCAUGAAAGACGCACCAAGGUAGGAAUGACUGAAGGUGCUGGAAAUUAUUAUUAUUAUUAUUUUUUUUUUUUUAUUACUAGUGCAGCUAUAUUUUGUUUUCACAUUUUUACUGAUGUGCUGUUUUUUUUUUCUUUUCCUCUCAUUAUUUUUUGUCUCUAUCUGAUGCAGCUGUAUAUUAUUUUAUCUCUUUAUUUCAUUUAGUUUAUACAGAACAUACAUACAGGUAACUCUUGGUUUACGCGUGUUUAAUUUACUGGUUUUUGUUAAUACACAACCAAAAAUGAUAAAAUUUGCUCAGUUGGUUUGUUUAUACAGGAUUUGGACCACAUCCCACAUCCUCCCUAUUAUCUAUUGUUUCUUAUGAGAAUUACAAGUUUGUUUUACGUGAAUUUUGAAAUAUGCGAUGCCUCUUGGAACGCAUCAAUUGUGUAAAUCGAGAAUUACUUGUAUGUACAUUUUAUUAUACAGUAAAGGCUAGCCAGGUUCAUUAAGCCACUGGUGAUCACCCUUACCUACUUUGUUGGUGGUAUAUUAAUGUUUUUAAUGAUAAAUGUCCUGUGUUUC